UUUUUUAAAUACCGACGCUCAGGACGUGGCACCUUUAGUGACCGUAGUGUCCGACCUUCUCGGCGAUGAGCGCCCCGCUUUUAAGGGGUUUAUGAGCGAGGUUAUUGCUAAAAAGGUACCGAAGGUGAAGCUAAGCGACGAUAAAUUUAUCCCGGCUAUAGGCCUCGGCACCCAGGGCCUAUUAUACAAUCGCCAAGCUAAACUCAUGCGCAGGUUUAAUAACGAUCAAAAGUCAUCAGAGACCAUUAUCGAGGCCCUCAAGUCGGGGUACAGGCACCUGGACAGUGCCUAUUUUUUCAACGUCGAACACGCUAUUGACAUUGCCCUUGGUCAUUUGCAAACUAAAAAACUUAUCAAACGCUCGGAUCUAUUCAUUAGUACGAAAAUCUGGAAUACCUUUCAUCGGAGGGAUAGGGUGUUGAAGGGGUUGAAGCUAUCGUUGACCGACAUGGGCCUGGAGUACGUAGACCUGGCUGUCCUACACUAUCCUAUGGGAUUUCAGGACGGGGCUGAGGUAUGGCCUACGUAUUCAAAUGGGUCUAAUAUACCCCGAUCGUGGGAUAAGGAUGAUUAUACUGAAGCGUGGUUGGGUAUUGAAAAGGCACAGCGAUUAGGGAUAGCCAGGUCGAUAGGUGUGGCCAACUUUAAUGUAGAGCAAUUGAAAUUGCUAAUGUCCAGGGCAUCUAUUAAGCCCGUGGUACACCAGAUCGAGUCUAAUCCCACUUUCCAACAAAAUGACAUGGUAGCGUUUUGCAAAGCAAAUAAUAUCCAGGUCAUGGCGUACGCACCCCUACGUGGUGGUGACUACCAGGUGUGCGAGAACAAAGUUCUGGAAAGCAUUGGCAAAAAGUUUGGCAAAACCGCGGCUCAGGUAGCUUUGCGAUGGAACUACCAGAGAGGUGUCAUUCCAUUGCCAAAGGCUGCCAAGAAAAAGCACCAAGAUGAGAAUAUAGAUAUUUUUAACAAAGAGUUUGUAAUUAGUAGCGAGGACAUGGCGCUGAUUAAAGGCAUACCACAGUUACCCAGUGGAAAGUUUAGGGACAUU